AGCCUUCGAUUCAAUCUAAUAGAUUUAUAACAGAACUGAAGCUUGAUUUAGAAGAAGUUAUUACGCAUAAUGCAUGAAUAGAGGAAGGACUGUUUACAGGGAUAACUACGUGAUUGGAUCAAAAACAUAUUUAAGCCUAAGAAAAAAUAGCAGAAAUGGAAUUCAACAGCCGAUAUCAACUCAUACUUUCAAGGAUUCUAGACGACAUCGGGGUGACCACUUUUUCCAUUAAAAAACGGAGAAUGACGUGGCUAAUGAAAGAAGCCAUUCAUACAGUUAAAGCUUCCUUUCGAGAUGUAAAAAAUGUGGACAAAAUGCUAGAAUCGAUUAAGAAUAAGAAGUACCAUUUUGGUAGCCAAAGCGAAGCGACAACAACUCUUUCUAUGGGUUCAGAUAUUGACAUGCUCUUUUGCGUUACAAAUAUGCAGGUUAUUCUUGAAUGGUCUGGCUGGAAAGAUGGAGUCUUCAGUCUACUUGCCCUUCAAAACGCAAACACUCCUCCACAGCAUUGCAACUUGCUUUGCAUAAAACGUGAAGGACCUGUCCCUGAAACAAGGAUUGUUGAAGAAUUUUAUUUUAAAGACAAUCGGAACUUUAUAUUUCUCAUGAACACAGUUACCAUUCUUUUUUUGAAGACACUUUGCCUACCUCAUGAGAAGUUGAGCAAACACGGGCCCUCUGUGUCAUGGAGCGAAAACAUGGACUUUGUUAAGGCUUUUAAUUGCCCAGUGUUGCCGGAAGAGUGCAAAAUUGUAUUUCGAAGGCCUCGACCAGGCCAUUGGCCAAGCCAAUCUCUUCUUGAAGAAGCAAGAGCUUGUGGAACGUUUGUUGUUCCACAGUGGUACAGCGAAUCUCCAAAGACACAACAAAAGUUGAAAGUGGUUGGUCCAUCGACUGAUGAUUAUAUUGUAACUGAAAGUGUCAGAUCACUUCUUGAGUGGAGAUACUCAACGUCACGGAUGGAGCGACUGUUUGUAUUCGACUGGAGUAUUCAACAGUUAAAGGUCUACAUUCUUUUGAAAUUAAUACGGAAGACAUUUCUAAAGCCGAUAUUUGGCGAUAGACUGAGCACUUUUCAUAUGAAGACUACAAUGAUGUAUACUAUGGAGAAUUACCCGCAAGAAAUUUGGAGAGACAACAAUAUCAUACAGUGCGUCACCUACUGUCUUAAAACACUUUUGAGAUGGUCUCAGCUUAGGUUUUGCCCGCAUUUUACCAUAGCAAAUGUUAACUUGUUCACAGGGAAAAUUCACGCACACGAACUACCUCAGUUAGUAAGCAUUCUGUCGGAGAUUAUUUCUAGCAACAUACAAUGCGUAUUUCAAAUAGAAAUUGACAAUAUUGGUGACCGUCUUCGGAACAGAGUAGCGGAAUUUAAUUUUUCGUUGCCAUCAUGGGUAUCUAAGAACUGCUCUAUUGCGAUUGUUAUGGCUGGCGAAUACAGCAGUGAAUACUUCAAAGUGUUUAUUCAUGUACUGCUCACUCUGGAUCAAAUGUCAAACCAAGAUGCUAUUUUGACGCUAAGGCGAUAUUCCUCCAUACUGCAAAAAUGGUUAGAAGUGGGAGAUGAUAGGCAUGUAGAAGCAGCCAAAGUGUUUCGCCCAAUGAUUGCAUGUACUGGUGCAAGUAUGCGAGCAUCGAGGUGCAUCAAGAUUAAAAGAAUUAUUUCAAAACAAAUAACUAAAUUGUAUAGCUUUGGUAACAAUCGAAGUUCGAUUCCAUCUAGACUGAAAUACGCUUCGAUGCUUUACUGUAGUAACCAGUUCGAGGCUGCGGCAGAAAGUUUACGUAUGUGUGAACAUAUAAUAGGGAAGACGCCGGUCUGGCAAAUGUCUUUCAUGGAGAGACGUGAGGAUAAACCUCCUGUGAGUGAUCUUCACUGUAAAGUAAUGAUGCUUUCAAAUGAGGACAUUUUCCAUUCAGUUAUUGUAACAAGUGUUGUCUUCAGUCGCCAUGAACUGCAUUGUGUGCCUGGAUUUCUGAUAUAUGACAUGUUUCGCACAGUUACCACAGACGAUAAACGGGACAGACACUUAUAUGAGGAUAUAUGGAUGGAUCUAACAAUUGUAGAUCCUUUGCCAUUUAUGUAUUACUUACAGUUCAUGACAUACCAGGAACUUGGUUCUUCUGAUCAAAUGAAAGAUGGAUUCAACAAAUUAUUAGAAUAUGUAAGAUACGAGCACAAUAAAUAUGGGGGCCAUUUUGACAUUGCAGUUAAUUUGCUAGGACAUUGUUGUGAGAAACUUGACUGUUUGGAAGGGGCAUGGUUUUGUUACAAGUCAUCAUUUACAGAGUUUCCUCAUAAUAACCCUGCUGUUUGGCACAUGUGCAGAAUAGUUCAUAGAUUCGCUGUAGGUCGACAAGCUAUAUAACACUUUCAGACAUUGGUCCACGUAUCUGAUAUGUAUACAACGCUUUGACAUUUAUGAACUUGAUUAUGACAUAUACAUAUUCAACCUUUGUAUAUCUGAUGAUAAUUCUUUUGAAUUAACAAUAGCUUUGUAUAGGUCUUAUCGUCUUGAUAAAAUUAAAUAAAGCAUGUUG